AUGGCUGGCAAGGCAGUCGAUCUGAAUGAAUACAAUGGAGGGCCCUUGGUCGGAACAAGUAUAGCAUUGUUGACUACCAGCUGGGUAGCUAUUGGGCUUCGAUUGUAUACACGACUAGUGUUUGUCAAGAGCUACAACGUGGACGAUUGGCUGAUUCUAGUUGCUCAAUUGCUUUUCACAAGCGCCUGCGUAUCCGCUCUGGAAAGCGUACGGUACGGCGUAGGCAAGCACAAUGAUGCUAUUCCGAGUCUGGAUGACCGAGUGGCCGCGCUGAUGUGGCAAUCCAUCACGAUCGCUUUUUACCUUUUAUGCAUGAUGUUUGUCAAACUGAGCAUCGGCCUGUUUCUGCUGCGACUGGCCACGCAAAAGUCGUACAUUUGGACUCUUCGGAUCGCUCUGGUCAUUGUUACUCUGUGGACCACGGUCAUCUUCAUCUGGAACAUGUUCCAGUGUACCCCUGUCCAGAAGCAAUGGGACUUUCGCAUUCGAGAUGGUUACUGUGCAGGACCCGACGAAGUCAUCUCAGCUGCGUACGCGCUGACUGUCAUGGUGGUUUUGUCGGAUUGGUUCUUUGCCCUCAUCCCAAUUCCUUUGCUUUGGGGCGUCGAUAUGACCAAGCAAGCCAAGGUCACUGUUAUUGUUAUUUUGGGUCUCGGUGUUUUCGCCAGUAUCGCCACGCUUAUCCGACUCAAGUUUCUGGCGGGACUACAAUCUUCGGAGGAUCUCAUGUUCUCGGUGACGGACGCCACUGUUUGGACAUUGGUGGAACCAGGCUUCGCCAUUAUCGCGACAAGCUUAGCGACCAUCCGGCCUCUGCUGCGGUCGCUAAGAAUCCGGGGGUUCCUGUCGACGGACAGGGCUUCAACCGGCCGCCUUUCUGAGCCCGGCACCCGAAAUGGGUAUGGGUCCAUGCCCGGUUACCGUUCUCUCCACAGCGUGACUGGUGUGACUGGCGUUGGCAUCGCGAUGGACGAGCAUCCUUCGCCCACGAACGAAGAUGCAGGCAAGAAGCAGACAUGA